AUGGUUCGUCCGGUGACAAGAGAGGAAGUUAAAAAGGCGAUGUUUAGCAUUGGGGAAAACAAGGCUCCGGGGCCUGACGGGUUCACAUCAGCAUUCUUUAAACAUGCUUGGGACACUGUGGGUGAGGAGGUUACAGAUGCAGUGCUUACCUUCUUUGAUAAUGGCCAAUUGCUUAAACAGAUUAAUCACACGAUUAUUGCUUUGGUCCCUAAAAAGGAUGCCCCUAACUCGGUUCUUGAUUAUAGGCCGAUUUCUUGUUGUAAUGUGCUAUUCAAAUGCAUCAGCAAAAUCAUCACGGAUAGAAUUAAAGGCAAGUUGGAAAGCUUGGUUAGCAUAAACCAAUCGGCUUUUGUUCCGGGUCGUAAAAUUUCCGAUAACAUACUCCUCACGCAAGAGCUUAUGCACAACUAUCAUACCAAUAGAGGUCCCUCUAGAUGUGCUUUGAAAAUCGAUAUUCAGAAGGCAUACGAUACAGUUAACUGGUCUUUCCUAGAAACUGUUUUAACGAGGUUUGGUUUUCAUCGGAAAAUGGUAAAGUGGAUUAUGACAUGCGUUUCUACGGUUUCGUAUUCCCUAUGCAUCAAUGGUAACAUUCACGGCUUCUUUUAUGGGAAGCGGGGCCUUAGACAAGGGGACCCCUUGUCUCCGUAUCUGUUUACGCUUGUGAUGGAAGUCUUGUCUCUUCUUCUUCAACAUGCAGCGCGAACUCAUGCGUCGUUCAAAUUCCACUCUCUAUGUGCUAAGCAAAGGAUUAUAAAUGUUUCGUUCGCGGAUGAUUUAUUCGUUUUUGCUCAUGGGGAUCGGUCUUCGGUUAAAGUCUUAAGGGAUGCUUUGGGUUGCUUUACAAAGAUUUCGGGUUUGGUUCCUAGUGCUCCAAAGAGUACGAUUUUCUUUUGUAAUGUUCCUAGCCAGGUGAAAAUGCAAAUUCUAGGGUUGAUGCCUUUUCAGGAAGGGUCCCUUCCGGUUCGCUACCUUGGAGUUCCGCUGAUUUCAACCCGUCUUGCUUAUAGGGAUUGCAAAAUCCUAAUUGAGAGAGUUAAACGUCGUAUUGACAAUUGGAUGUCUCGAUCCUUAUCUUUUGCAGGUAGACUUCAACUGAUUAAUUCGGUUCUGGGUUCUAUGUAUACUUAUUGGGCUUCUGGUAACGCUCGUUCUAAAGUUGCUUGGUCAAAUGUUUGUUUGCCGAAAGAUGAAGGGGGUCUGGGUGUUCGCAGCAUUAACGAUGUCAAUGUUGCAUUACUGGCUGGCCACGUUUGGAGUAUUAUUACUAACCGUCCUUCUCUUUGGGUACAAUGGAUUCACUCCUACAAAUUGAAAGGUACGAACUUUUGGGAGGUGACGAAACGGGGUAGUGUAAGCUGGGGAUGGAGACAUAUUCUUGCUAUUCGUGAUCGCAUAAGGCCUUAUGUUUGGAUGUCUAUCCGAAGCGGUAGGCAAACGAAUGCUUGGAGUGAUAACUGGUGUUCUUGCAGUCCUCUAAGAUCAUUCAUCUCUCCUCGGGCAAUUGCUAAUGCGGGUUUAAAUCUUCGGUCAACGGUUGCGGAUAUUAUAGAUGAUACCGGCCAAUGGAAAUGGCCUCAAGCUUGGUUUGAUAUCUUUCCGGUGCUUAUAAACAUCCCUUCUCCGCAUCCGCUUGUUGAAGUAACUGAUCGAUGUAGUUGGAAAGAUUUGGAAGGGAACCUUUGUCAUUUUCGGUCGUGGGAGGUUUGGAAUACUUUGCGACGUAGGGGUGAUAGGGUUGAUUGGGUUGAAUCUAUCUGGUUCAGCCAAUGCAUUCCUCGGCACUCUUUUCAUUUAUGGCUAGUGAUGAAUAAUAAGCUAAAGACACAAGACAGGAUGGCUACGUGGGAAGCGGGUAGUGCUACUAAUCUGAUUCUUAUGUGUUGUCCUCUUUGUUACCAUGAUCGGGAUUCUAGAGACCACCUGUUCUUUCAAUGCCCUUUUGCUACGAAAGUUUGGGAAUCUGUAAGGAAAAUGGUCAACAUGGAGAAUGUCAAUAACACAUGGUCAUCGGUUAUGCAGUGGAUGGUUCAAAAUGCAACCACUCGAACGAUCGAUCGGAUUGUUGGGAAGCUCCUUAUUGCGGCUACUACAUACUACAUAUGGCAGGAGAGGAAUAGCCGAUUGUUUUCUAGUGUCCAACGCACACCGGAUAUGCUUUCACAUGUCAUCAUCUCUACGGUUAGAUUGAAGAUUAUGGGGUUCAAGCUUGGGAGUGAUCGGAAGCACCGUAAAGUAUUGGAUACUUGGCAGAUUUCGAUGAAGAACUUGGAUUGUGACCCGGGCUAG